AUGUCGGACACCAUGUCGCAACGCAAAAAGAGUCUUAUUGCGAUUAAUCAAAGGAGACAGUCGACAGUGGCCAAGGCGGCCGUGUUGUCGUCGGCGAUGUUGGCGCGCAAGAAUUCGUCGUCGCGUGGUGGCGUUGGCGGUGGUGGUGGCGGUAGUGGUGGCGGUUCGGCGGCGUUUGGCGCCCGCGAGAGCAUCGCCGCCAUCUCGGAUAUGCUGAGCACGCAGAGCAAAAAGCCGAUCAGAAGCAGCUAUGUUGAAAGCGAGCGGCUUGAGACGGCGCUCAAAAUCGCGUGCACGAUUUCAAUGAUCACGGUAUGCCUACACACACCGCGGACCAUCGAAAUUCUGCCGCCGUUGGAUUUCAUAAUACUGAUAGCCGAUUUGGUGUCCGUCUCGAUUUUUAUGAUUGACGCCGUUCUCAGAAUCCAUUAUGAGCGAAUUUUCCAGUGUGAUUCUUCAUAUUUAACCAACCGCUGGUCGCAAUUUUCCGUUUUUAUGUCACUUAUUCACCUUGCUUCAUUUUUAUUGCACGUUUAUCAACUUUUAGACUCGUUUUUCCCAUUUUUGGGCCUUGGUUAUCGUCAAUGGUUCGGUGUUAUCCGCUCAAUUCGACCUUUCAUAAUUAUUCGAAUGAUUCCUCUUAUUGUCAAAUUCAAAUUGCCUAAAAAUCGGAUAGAGCAGCUUUUAAAGCGAUCAUCUCAACAAGUCAAAAAUGUAACAUUAUUCUUCGUUUUCUUCAUGACGCUCUACGCAAUAUUCGGAAUUCAAUUAUUCGGAAGAAUGGAUUACCACUGCGUUCAGCCGAAUACCGAUCCAAAUAACGUCACCAUCAUGGAUCUCGCCAUUCCGGACACAAUGUGUGCGCCCAACGGAAUUGGCGGCUAUGAGUGCCCGCCGCCAAUGGUGUGCAAACAGUUGAAUCUCAACGCCAAGGGCGAAGGCUUUUAUGGGAUGUUCAAUGAUUUCGGAGCCAGCGUCUUCACCGUCUAUCUAGCAGCUUCAGAAGAAGGCUGGGUGUACGUCCUCUACGAUUGUAUGGACUCCCUACCAUCAUAUCUAGCCUUCUUAUAUUUUUGCACACUGAUUUUCUUCCUAGCAUGGCUAGUAAAAAACGUGUUCAUCGCCGUCAUCACCGAGACAUUCGCGGAGAUUCGCGUGCAAUUCAGCGAAAUGUGGCAAAAGAAGGAAAUGACGCUGGAUGAAGAAUUCCGAAAGCGAUUAGAAAAAACUGAAGACGGUUGGCGGUUGAUUCGUCUCGAUGGUGAGGUUGAGACUCAAGGGCCCAAGCAGAAGCUUCAGCUGAUGCUCCGAAGUGUCUACUUCCAAUGCUUCGUCAUCAUUUUCGUGGUGCUGAAUGCAAUCGCGAACGCCAUGAUCGUUUACAAGCAUGAUCAUACGGAUAAGAUUAGGAAACAAUAUUUGUAUUAUGUCGAGGUUGGCUUCACAAUUCUAUUCAACGUCGAAUGCAUCAUCAAAAUUCUGUGCUACGGCUUUCGCAAUUUUUUCCGACGCGGAAUCUUCAAAUUCGAGCUCAUUUUGUGCGUCGGCAGCUCGCUGAACAUCGUGCAAUUCUUCUACGAGCGCAAUUAUUUCACCUACUUCCAAACGUUUCGCCUCCUUCGUCUCAUCAAAGCGUCGCCGAUUCUUGAGGAUUUCGUCUGGAAGAUUUUCAGCCCUGGCAAAAAGUUGGGCGGUCUUGUGAUAUUCACAAUCGCGUUCAUUUGCUGCUGCUCGGCGAUCUCGCUGCAAUUGUUCUACGCGGUGCCAAAUUUGCAUCAUUUUCGCACGUUUCCGCAGGCAUUCAUGUCCAUGUUCCAAAUCAUCACCCAAGAAGGUUGGACCGAUUUUGUCGUCGAGGUCCUACGGGCCACCGAUGACAAUAUGGUCCCAUUUGUUGCGUUAUAUUUUGUCGCGUACCAUCUCUUUGUGACAUUGAUUGUGUUGAGCUUAUUCGUCGCUGUCAUUCUGGAUAAUUUGGAAAUGGACGAGGAGCUGAAGAAGGUGAAGCAGUUGAAAGCUCGAGAGGCCACCACAUCAAUGCGAUCGACACUGCCAUGGAGGUUGAGGGUUUUCGAGAAAUUCCCGACGAGACCUCAAAUGUCGGCGAUGAAGAGGUACGGUAUUUGUGGAAGUUUUUUUUUGCAAAACAAAAUCAUUUCUGAAAGCCAUUGCAGAGCUGACAGCGAUUUUCCAAUGCCGAAAGUUCGCGGGAGCUUCACCCAUCAAUUCGCCGGCGAGCAAUGCGUCGAAGCCACAGAGACAAUUGAGCAUGAACCCGACACUCUUAAGCGGAUAUUGCCGAUAUCGGCGAAUUGCAAACGAAAUCUGUUUCGCGACGAGCUCUCAUUCCGCCAUAUUGGCGGCACAUCGCUACGGUGCAGCCUCAACAAUCUUCUCGAGGAGUCGGACCGCAAUCGGCAAUCGUUGUCCAACUCGUUCUCGUUUCUGCCGACGUUCACGCGAUCAUCGGGAAGCUUGUAUCCGCGCAAAGACGCACUACCGAAAUCGCGAUCGAUGACUGGAAAAUUCCUGCAGACGGCGAUUCGCAAUAAGCAGUACAACAUGUAUAGCGAGAAUGGCGAUCUCGCGCGACCAUCCGACUCGGCGCCGAAGAAGAAUGCGAAGCAGGGCGAGAUUGAUAUUCGCGCUUUGCAGCAGAAGAGGCAACUUGCCGAGAUCACGAGAAAUCGAAUCGAGGAAGACAUGCGCGAGAAUCAUCCGUUCUUCGAUCGCCCGCUUUUCGUUGUGGGACGCGCGUCGCAAUUGCGCGAGUUUUGUAAAAAGAUCGUCCAUUCGAAAUACGACAGCCAGGAUGAUGGAGUCAAUGGAUCGAGUAAAACGAAUCAGAGCUUCAAGGAGAUUCGAGCGUUUAUUGGGAUCAUGCCUUAUAUCGAUUGGGCGAUGGCUACCGUGACCAUUCUUUCUUGCAUUUCAAUGCUGUUUGAGAGCCCGUGGCCGACAACAAAGGAGAAUUUGGUUAUGUAUAAUUUCUACCUGCAGAUCGCUGACUACAUGUUCGUGUUGGCGAUGACAUUUGAACUUUGCGUCAAAAUCAUUGCGAAUGGGUUGUUCUUCACGCCGAAGGCUGUCGUCAGGGACGUUGGCGGUGUGAUGACGUUGUUCAUUUAUUUUACAAGCUUGAUUUUCCUUAUAUGGAUGCCGAAGAAUGUUCAAAUCAAUAGUCUCGCUCAAUUUUUGCUCAUUUGCAGAGCGAUGCGGCCGUUGAGGAUUUACACACUUGUUCCGCACAUUCGCCGCGUUGUUCUCGAGUUCUUUCGCGGAUUCAAAGAGAUUCUACUCGUCACGAUACUCAUGAUCGUCGUGAUGUUCAUUUUCGCCAGCUUCGGCGUCCAGAUUGUCGGCGGCAAAUUGGCGGCGUGCAACGAUCCGACGAUAACGAGCCGCGAGAAUUGCACGGGUGUGUUCUGGCAGAAGAUCUUCGUCACGCGUCUCGAAGUGUACGGAAAAGAUUCGGAGAGUAUGCAUCCGAAGAUACUCGUGCCGCGAGUGUGGACGAAUCCGAGGAACUUCAAUUUCGAUCACGUCGGCAACGCGAUGCUCGCUCUGUUCGAGACGUUGUCGUACAAAGGAUGGAACGUGAUCCGAGACAUUCUAUCGACGCGUCAUGGACCGUGGGCGGUGGUUUUCAUUCACAUCUACGUCUUCAUUGGAUGCAUGAUCGGACUCACGUUGUUCGUUGGCGUCGUCAUUGCGAACUACACGCAGAAUCGGGGUACUGCGCUUCUCACCGUCGAUCAGCGUCGUUGGCACGAUCUGAAAGCCCGUCUGAAAAUGGCGCAGCCUCUACACGUGCCGCCGAAACCGUCGGAAUCGGCGCGUCUCCGCACGAUAUUCUAUGAGUUGACGAUGAGUCGCGGAUUCAAUCAGACGUUCGCGCUUCUUGUCGUCCUCAACAGUUUCACGCUGGUGAUACCGUGGAACGUCGAGGAGGAGUCGCUUCGGUCGACAUAUGUGUUCAUUGUGACCGCCGUCAGCGCGUUCAUCAACAUUCUGUUCUGCGUUGAGAUCAUUCUCAAAAUCGUCGCCUACACGUUCUCCGGAUUUUGGCAAUCGCGACGGAAUCGCGUUGAUCUACUCAUAACAGUGUUCGGUGUGAUUUGGAUAUUCCUCCAUUUCUUCGUCGCGCUUCCGUCGUCGAAAAUUGACGUCGAUGUUCAGGUGGAGUUUAAGAAGGCCACCUACACGUUCGGCUAUCUUGUGGUGAUAUUGCGCUUCUUCACAAUUGCAAGUCGCAAUUCGACGCUGAAAAUGCUGAUGUUGACGGUGGUGAUGAGCAUGUUCCGCUCGUUCUUCAUCAUCACCGCCUUGUUCCUGUUGGUGUUGUUUUACGCCUACACCGGCGUCAUUCUAUUCCCGAUGGUCAAAUAUGGAAUGGCUGUGAGCAAGCACGUCAACUUUCGAACGGCUUCCGAAGCGCUGGUCGUUCUGUUCCGAUGUCUGACCGGCGAGGAUUGGAACGACAUAAUGCAUGAUUGCAUGAGAAGCGCCCCAUUCUGCUAUUGGUCGGAAGGCAUGAACUAUUGGGAGACGGAUUGCGGCAACUAUUACGGUGCAAUUAUAUACUUCUGCUCAUUCUACCUCAUCAUCACCUAUAUUGUUAGGAAUCUUCUUGUUGCUAUCAUUAUGGAGAACUUCUCGUUGUUCUACUCGUCUGAAGAAGACGCGCUUCUUAGCUACGCCGACAUUCGCAAUUUCCAAUAUGUCUGGAACAUGGUGGACCGCGAGCAGAAGCGGACGAUUCCCGUCGAGCGCGUCAAAUUCCUUUUGAGACUUCUCAAGGGAAGGCUGGAAGUUGAUCCCGAGAAGGAUCGGAUUCUGUUCAAACACAUGUGCUAUGAAAUGGAGCGUCUUCAUAAUGGCGAGGAGGUCUCGUUCCAUGACGUCCUUUAUAUGCUUUCCUAUCGAUCAGUGAACAUUCGAAAAUCGCUGCAGCUCGAGGAGCUUCUUCAGCGCGAAGAGCUGGAAUUCAUAAUCGAGGAGGAGGUGGCGAAGCAGACGAUUCGGACAUGGCUUGAAGGAUGCCUUCGGAAGAUGCGCAAUCCGAGCCAGAAGGAUUUGCAAUUCGAUUCGAUUGUCUCGCACACGAUACCGCACUCGUCGGGCCACUCGUCGAUUUCGCACGAUGAAACGCAACGGAUUCGUUUCGGCGUUGAGAAUCGCGAGAGUCUCGACGUCGACGCCUCGGAGAGCGGCGACGACGAGUCGCCGCCACCUCCGACGAAUCGAAAGAAGUCGGCGGUGAAGAAUCGACGGGGUAGUAUUCCGGACGGAGGUAAGUUCCAGGAGGCGGCUCGGAAGUUUAUGGUGGGAAGCUCGAGCGAGAAGAAGGCGUUCGUGAAGUCGUCGCGUUCGCCGGAAAUGGUGCAGUUGUUGCCGAAGCGAUGCGCAUCGGAGACUCGCAAGACAUCGACGCUCACGCCGACGCAACUCAAGAGUUUCCAUCUAAAUGUCUACGAUUUGCCGGAUGUUGAAGAGCGAGGAGAGGAGUCGCCGUUUUCGCCGAAACGGAUUGCCGAUGAGCUCGGCGAUCAUACGCCGGUGGCGAUCAGCCCGUCGAAUCCGAUCUCGUCGACGCACGCGAGUCCGCGUCAGAUGCCCGCCGAGACGACGAAAGACAUCGAGAAAUGGUGGAAUUUAUUGAAUGAUUGA